CUGCUGGAGCACAGGCGCAUCAGAAAAUCAAUUAAGUUAUGAAAAAUACCAUUAAUUGCCUUUCUUUGUCACCGCAGCUCAUGAAGAAAUGGCGGAUCUCCAGACGUUGUACAAUUGAGGGAAAACCUUCCGCACCUAAUGGCGUGUAUUCCGACGAUAACGAGCAUCUCAAUCCACAGGAAUAUUUACGUUUUUUAGAUAUACUGAAGAACACCUUUCAAACGGAUGACAAUGAGCUGAUGGUUUUGGAAGUCUGCAAGAAGACGUUGCAAAAAAGAGAGCGGCUGUCUGGAAGAUGCCAAGAAAAAAACAACAGAAUCCACAGCCAGUCAAGUGUAGUGGAUUCUGAAGAUGGAGUAGCCGUUGAAGCUCCUGGAAACCUCACCUUAGACACGGACUUCCUUCUAGGACAAGACCUUGAGUUUGGUGAUCCCGAUCAUGACCACAAGAUUCUAGGCCUGGACAAAUUCUCAGAAGUAGCUGCUGAGAUCGGUUUCUCUGUGUAUCCUCUGGGUGAUGAGGAGAGCCCCGCCUACAGCCAGCUCAGCAUGGAGAGUGAAACAGACAACUCGCACAGCACAAACGACACCGGGAGGGAAGACGAGGGCGGCGCCGCCCAGUCCGAGCCCACUUUCCCUCCUUACCUGUCCUGCAGGGGCUGCGGACAGCUCCGCGACGACCCUCUGGGGCCGGGCAUAGACCUGGUCGGCCCGUACUGCCUUAGGUGCUGCAAAGCCUCCCGGGAGGCCAAAAGCACGGACUUCUGCUCCCCUUUUGGAAGCCUCGCCGGGAUGCGCGCGGCUGCCCAUUUGCAGCUGGACGGCGACGAGUUGGGGAACGGGAUGGGUGACAAAGGGCUGACAGUUGAGGACAAAUUGGCCAAACUGCACUCGUGCCACCUCUGUGGCUUCUCGUCGCGUUACGCCAACCACGUGAAGCGCCACAUGAAGACGCACAACGGGGAGAAGCCCUUCAACUGCCCCUUGUGCACUUACGCCUCAGCCCAGCUGGUGAACCUGCAGAGACACCUGCGCAUUCACACCGGGGAAAAACCGUACAAGUGUGACAUCUGCUCGUUUGCCUGCAGCUCCCUCGGCAACCUCAAGAGGCAUCAGCGCAUGCACGUGCCCUCUGCGGGGCUGCGACAGGACGUCCCGCCGCGACCCACCGGUGGCCCAAACAGCCUGAAGAGGCACCUGACUGGGCAAAGACCCAAUGAAGAAGUGUCUUGUACUUCAGCCAAGGUUUCAGAAGUUACAAGGCCGACUUCAAAUCUGAGUUUGGGAGCCCAGAACAAUGACUACCUGUCAGCCUUCGAUGGCUUAAAGGGGGCAUCACCACCCCCCAUACCAGCCUCUAACCCAGCUGCUGGCCACCAGCCUCCACCGCAGCUGAACACCGCAGACGGCGGCAGCAGCAGGGCGACCAGAGGGGGCGCAGCGGACGGCGCUGCCCUCCCCUCUUCCCUUUUCCCCUUCACCUGCCGGUUGUGCGGCAUCGUGCUGGAGGACGAGGACGGCUCCUCGGCCCAGAUUUGUGCCAAGUGCACCCUGGAGAUGCUGACUAAAGACUCGUCGUCGUCGUCUCCCAACAGCCCCGGCGAGCGCAGCGACAAGGUGUACACCUGUUCCGCCUGCCCUUUCCUCACACACUACCCGAACCACUUGGCGCGCCACAUGAAGACUCACAGCGGUGAGAAACCCUAUAAGUGCCCACAGUGCGACUACGCCUCAGCGCACUUCGACAACCUCAAGCGCCACCACAGGGUGCACACGGGCGAGAAACCUUACAAGUGCCAUUUGUGCGACUACGCCUGCGGGAACCUCGCCAACCUGAAGCGCCACCAGCGGGUGCACUCAGGGGCAAAGCCCUUCCAGUGUGCCGUGUGCAGUUACAGCUGCAACCAGAGCAUGAACCUGAAGCGCCACAUGCUCCGGCACACCGGGGAGAAGCCGUACAAAUGUCAGGAGUGCGGCUACACGACCGGCCACUGGGACAAUUACAAGCGGCAUCAGAAGAAACACGGCCUGGCCACAGACGGAUGGGUCAAAGUUCCAAUGACCGGCAACGACGAAGGGGCGGAGGCGAGGAAAGGGAUGGGAGUCGGCGCUCCGACUCACAGAAAAGAAACGGGCGUUGAUAUGCAGUACAUGUCCAGGGAGGGAGGUCAGACACUACACUCCUGCUACAAACUUGAGAUUGUAUAAAAAAAAAUAUAACUCAGCAAAACUAAGCUACCAGCAACUUGUUUGUUUUUUCUCACAGAGCCUUUAUAUCAUUUCCGUGUGUGUCAGACUUUUCGUGUUGUCGGAUGUCUUCAGAGGCUGCUAACUUUUAUUUGUAGAAUCUCGCACAAUUUGUUUUGAAUAUUUCAAUUUAAGUGGAUUUUGUUUUUCUACUCUGCUUUUGCGGUCGGGACAAAUGGACGUCGUCUACCGUGGAAGCCCUUUGACUGUCUCAUUCUGUACGUUACAACAGCCCCCUCUCAUAUUACAACGCACAUCUGGUGAUUCCUGCGAGGACGGACAACAUUACAGAAUAUUCCCUCAAUACACACGUGCACAUUUCUGCCUGAACUGUUGAGCUGCACUGUGUAGUGUGUGUGUGUAUAUAUAUAUAUACGUUUAUUUGUUUUUUAUAAGGGGGAUUUGCUUAUUUUUCAUUUAAAGUUGUUGGUCUCAAAAAGUUUAGCUCAAAUCUUUGUUUUGUGCCAAAAAUGUAAUGACUGAGCUUAAAUGAUCAUUUACCCGACUCAUUUUAACUUGGCUACACAGUGCAGCUUUAAGUAAAGAUGGGUCCUUGUAAGGGCCAAUAUUGUGCUUUGUUUGCAUUGGGGCUCUGGUAAUGGCAUGCCUUCACAUUCAUUUGCUAAUGUAUGUACUAUUAUCAGAGUGCUAUUUAAUAAUACUGGAGUUGUUUUACCCUUACUGAACUAUAUCGAGUCAUUAGGUUGUGCUAACCUAACUAAAGUAAUGAACUGCAUUGUCUUUAUUUUUUAGCCGAACCCCUCAGGAUUAUGUGAAGGUUAUAAAGACUAUUUUAAACACACAAAUUGCAUGCACAAGCAUUUUGAAAGGCCCUCUUCAGUCUUUAUUUGGUUGUAUGGUUAAAAUAAAAGCACAAUCGUACACACUUAAAAAGGGUUAAGACUAAGUUGUGCGAGGGGGGACAAGCAUUGGUUGACAUUACUUAUUACAAAUUGUAAUCCGAGCAUGUUCAAAAGAUUUAUUUCCCCUCAAACUUGUACUUUCUACAAAUAAUUAAUUUUAUAAUUUCAAAUCAUUCUGGGUCUUUCUGGUCACGUUCCUGUCGAUUUAUUCUUUACUGUUGACUGUGAAAUUAGCCCAUUCGUGUUUUUUACUUGAAAAGGAUCACACUAUUAGUAAGCAUGUGCGUGUAAUGUUUUAUUUUUCUAAUGGGGCUGUAAUACAUUGCUAGAAAUGUCUUUUUAAUCAAUUUGAAUGUGUGACGUGUCAUUUAGUUCCCAUGGGAAAAAUAUUAGGGACUGAUUUAAGUUUACGCUUUUUAUGAAUUACUAUUAUAUGCAAGAGAUAUUUUUCAGGUUGCCAACUUGCCAUGACACAAUGGAAAAUUGAUUAGUGCCGACAUCCUCCCCCCCCC